CGCUUUGGCGCGAUGUCCAAAUAAAUUUGAAAACCUGCGGCUUCAAACCGCCUGCUGACGGCAGGGAGAGCAGGCUACACCUUUGUCUUCAGAGGUCGACACUGUGGCUAAAGGGACUGUAGCCGCUACAGGGAUGUCGUGGGACUUUUUUGUGCCCGUGUGCGUGGGUGACCUGGUGAAGACUGGGGGGAUCAACCAGUAUGUCGUUCAGGAUGUGGUGCCCCCAAAACAGCUGCCACCCUAUCUCAGUAAAUUCAAAUCAGCACUGAGGAGCCGGGGGCCUUUGUGUAUAUUGGAGCACUUUGACACAGGCUACAGCGUGCUACAGCACUGCAACUCAGUGGAGCUGGGUGUGAAAGAGGAUACCCUGGAGUUACUCGUACAAGUGGUUAGUGGCCUGGCUGCUUCCCUGCCAGCACUUCUUACCUCCACCACCGUCUCUGCUGCAGAGCGCAAAGAGAAACUUAAUGCCGUUAAAAUGAGUGUCUACCUGCUCUGCAAACUCGCAGAGACCUUUGAGAGUGACUCCUAUAGGCAGAGCAUUGUCACGGCACCUGGGAAGGGUGGUAAAAAAGGCAAAGGUGGUGGAGAAGGACUGCUGCAGUGGGACUCUGAGAGAGAGAGGGUGCUGCAGGCCCUCGUCCAGCUCUUCCAACUGGAUAUCCGUUCCCUCUGGAGCCUCUCCCUAGUGGAGGAAGAGUUCAUCAGCUGUGUGACCUGCUGCUGCUAUAAACUGCUUGAGAACCCAACCAUUGGCCAUGUCAAGACCAAGCCCACCAGAGAUUGUAUAAUACACCUACUGGGAGUGCUAAUCAAGAAGUACAACCACCUCCUGGGUGCAAGUGUGAAAGUGAUCCAGCUGCUGCAACACUUCGAGCAGUUGUCAUCUGUGUUCGCCCAAGCAGUGUCUGUGUGGAGCACAGAAUAUGGAGUCAGGGCGAUCAUAGGAGAAGUUAUAAGGGAGAUUGGUCAAAGGUCAAGUGAGGAGCUUGCCAGAGAGGCGUCGGGGGUCAAAGCUUUUGCCGCCUUCAUUGCAGAACUCGGUGCCCUGGUCCCUGAAUCAAUGAUCCCCAACAUAAGUGUGCUCAUCACACACUUGGAAGGAGAGAGUCACACAAUGCGUGUUGCUGUCUGUGAGGUGCUGGGAGAGAUCCUCGUGCGGGUCCUGUGUGGCGACGGGCUUGACGAGUCUGGGAAAGCUGACCGUGACCGCUUCUUUGACACAAUGCAGGAACAUCUGCAUGACACACAUUCCCAUGUCAGGGCACGUGUGUUGCAGGUCUACACACGCAUUGUCAACAGCAAAGCCCUGCCCCUGUGCAGGUACAGUGAGGUGAUGGAGCUUGCUGUGGGGCGACUGAUGGACAAAUCUAUAAAUGUGGUGAAGAGUGCCAUCCAGCUGUUGGCAGCCUUCAUCGCACACAACCCCUAUAGCUGCAAGUUGAGCAGUGCAGAUCUGAAGAAACCGCUGGAGAAAGAGACCGCUAAACUCAGAGAGAUGAAAGAGAAGCUGGAGGGAAAAGCACCAGUGGCGGUGAUUAAAGCAUCUGAGCUGUGGGCAGCUAUGGAGCCUGAGCUGCUCGUCACUGUCAGGACCGAGCUGGAGCCCACAAGUGAAGCGGAGAGGGAGCAGGAGGAGGACGAUGAAGGGGAUGUGGAGGAAGACAAGGAGGCAGAAGAUGACAGGACAACUGCGGUGAAGGUUGCUCAGUACCUGCGUGUCAACAAAUACAGGAAUGCCGUGCGUCUUUGUAUAAGAGCCCACAGCUGCUUCCCUGAAUCUGAGAUGUUUGCUUCUCUGUCCACUCUCAAUGCUGAGACUUUAAUGGACACGCUGGCUCUGAUUUUCAAAGGUUCUGACGAGGACACCGCUGAGCUCAGUCAGAACUUGCCACCAACCCCACAGAAAGAGCCAGAAAAAGAGGGGGAGGAUGGGGAGCUGAAGAAGCAGGAGAUGUUGGUGCAGUACCUGAAAGACACGGAGACCUUCGCCUUACAAGUGGAGAGAGCCAUCUCUGUCAUUAACACCAUGCUCUACUGGAAAACCACUUCAGUGGUCCAGGAGGCUGUGCAGUUUUGUGUGACGGUGUGUGAGUUCAGCGUCGCCAACUCUGUGAGUGGGGUGAGGAAGAUGUUGCCUUUGGUUUGGUCAACUGACGCCGCCAUUAAAGAUGCUGUCGUUCAGGCCUACAGACGCCUGUAUCUGAACCCUCAGGGAGACACCAUCAGGAUGAAAGCCCAAACUCUGGUUGACAGUCUGUCGGAGCUGAUGGUGGAUGCAUCUCUGGGAACAAUCCAGUGUCUCGAGGAAAUAGUGCAGGAGUUCUUCGGCAGUGGCAGCAAUCUCCAGUCCAUUGUAGUGCAGGUCUUGUGGGAGAGGUUUACUGGCAAACGGGAAACUUCUGGCUUACACAGACGAGCUGCAGUGUUACUGCUGGGCAUGGCUGCACGGGCAGAGAGGGAGGUGGUACUCAGUAAUCUGGAUACUCUUUGUUCCGUGGCUCUGGGGGAAAAAGUGACUGAAGACUUUCUUCUGGCAAGAGACACCGUUAUCACCAUCUGCAGCAUCACAGACCACGUCAGGCAAUCUAAAGGUGCUCCAUUCAGACUGCCCCAAGACCAUCAGCUCUUCACCUGCCUCACACAGGCCAUCGCUGAAGGUGUGGUGAUGGAAGACCCGUACUGGCAGAGCUUCAUGGAACAGUCCGUCCGUCUCCUCUACUUCCUGGCUGAAUCUCCUGACCAGCUGUGCUCCCGGCUGCUCCAGCGCAGCGCUCGCCUCUUAUCAGAUCAGAUUGCAGAAGGUGGCGACCUCAACAAGGACGCUGGCCAAACGCAAGAUGGAUCUCAAGAGUCCAGUGAGCAAGGUGAACAAGUGAACUGUAUGUGUCUGGCCCAGCUGUUGGCUCUGUGUGGCUGCGUGGCUUUCUGGCAGGUGUCUCACCUUGAGCGCAGUGUGAGCGCUGAGCUGCGGAGGAGGAGAGGAGAGAACGAGGAGAGGGAGGAGAAGGAAAAGGGCCCAUCCAGCAAAGCUAAGCAGUCGGCCAAUGAGAGUGCCAUGGAAGAAGAGCUGGGGUUGAUUGGUGCCUCUGCUGAAGAUACAGAGGCUGAACUCAUCAGAAAGAUCUGCGAGACUGAAUUACUGGCUGGGGUCGUCACAGCUGCUCGAGUGAUCCUUCUGGAAGAGUACAUCACCUCCAGAUUCUGA